UUCUCUACUCCCAGCAUCAGUUGUCAGCUGCAAAUCCUACCGAGUCAACCUCAAACCACAAAAACAUCAACAACAUGAAAUUCCUGUCGCUUGCCUUUGUCUUGGGUCUGGUGGCUCUGGCUAAUGCCACCCCCCUGAAUCCUGGCAAUGUCAUCAUCAACGGCGACUGCCGCGUCUGUAAUGUGAGGGCUUGAGACGGAGGAAGCUUACCAGCCAGUUGAAGUUCACACAGCCACUAAGUUUUAAGAGAAAACAAAAAUGUAGCACAAAAUUUGAAAAGAAAAAACAUUCUUUUAUUAAAAAAAUAAAUAUUCAAAGUAAAUGAAAAAAUA